AUGUCGUCCCGCAAGCAGCGCGUUAGCAACGGCAUCAACUCCCUAGUGCGACGACUUUUGGUUGAGAUUCCUGGUGAAGAUCCCGCAUCGGCACAGGAGCGGGAAAACAAUGCGGUUGAUUUCGUUACAGAGGUUCUGCAAAGCUCAAGAGGCCCAGCCGUCAUUGCGGAUGUGAAUCAAGCAUCAGACCUGAUCAAAAAGCGACUAAUACAGACGAAUCCAAGCCCUGACAAAGCCCUCCGAUUCACGAAUCUCUACAGCAAACUGCUCUCCAUACCAGUCAUCAAUCAGAAAUGGGCCGUACUGUAUUUUCUAUACCAAUUGAGCGAUCAUCAGCCAAAGGCGCUGCCGGUCCUUACAAGCCCUUUCAAAAGCCCCGUGAAAAAUGGACGACGACCUAGGAAUUUGGAGAGCGAUAUUCAGAGGUCGCCAGAAUAUGGUCAAAAGAGUGAGGACAGAAGUCUAACCGAAGCAUUUGCGCCAGAGGGUUUGAAGAAAAUCCCAGAACGGGAGGGUGGUCAGCGAGAUAGGAAGGAGGAGGCACAAGCAUUUGCCAGAUCUGCAGCUCUGCAACGAGAAGGGGUUGCUUUGAAGACGGCACUUCUUGCUGAGAACUAUGUUGAAAUCGAUCCUCCGGAAACAGCGCUGCUGCGAGAUUUACCCUUCACUCUCCAAGGCCUAUCAUCAACCCAUUUUCCAUUCUCCUCGGAUUCGACCGUCAUACUGCCAGCCACGCUGCCAGUCCCUAUUAUAUCUAUUCUCCAUACUCUAGCAGAGCCAUCACUAUUAUACCGAGGACUUUCUUCCUUCACUCAAUCUCCCGGCGGAGGACUUCUAGGACAGAGUUUGAGGGCCGCGAUUGGCGGAGAACUCAGAUCAUACCUUGGUUUAGUGGCUACUUUGGAAGGUCAAAUCCGGCGAGCGUUAUCUUCUCUGGACGAGAAAGAGCCAAGGGGUGGCAUUGGGAAGGCUGGAGUGACCUUGAAACGAUGUGUUGUUUGGACACGCGAAGCGACUAUGGGAUUACGAUUGAUGAGCCUGAUAAGCGAAGAGUCGAAAAGCAAAAAAGGGGGCCAGCUGAUUUCAUUGAUACAUGGAUUCUCCUCAUCUCACGGCGAUCCAAUGGUCGGGGCAUUUGCAGAACGGCUGCUUACUCAUGUCACUCGACCUUUUUAUGACAUGUUGAGGCAUUGGAUUUACGAUGGAGAACUUUCUGACCCUUAUCAUGAAUUCUUCGUUUCUGAGCAAGACCCAAAUGCGGUCAAUGAUACUCCAGAUAGCAGGAGUCGAGGAGGAGCUAGCAGUGUUUGGGAGGACAAAUACAAGCUCAACGAGGACAUGGUGCCGACUAUCAUCACACAAGAUUUUGCCCAAAAGGUCUUCUUGAUUGGCAAAUCACUCAAUUUUAUCCGAUACGGUUGUGGGGACUCUCAAUGGGUGGAAGAAUAUUCCAAGGCGGCUUCUAAGGAGUUGCGAUACGGUGAUACCGCCACACUUGAGACUUGGAUCGAUGAAGCUUACAAGACAACCAUGGCACGUCUCAUUCAUCUGAUGUCUGAGAAAUUCCAUCUGUUUGAGCAUUUGAAGGCACUUAAGAAUUACAUCCUCCUAGGACAGGGCGACUUCAUCGCACUUCUUAUGGAAUCACUUUCUUCUAACCUUGAUCGACCUGCAGGGGCUCAAUACCGUCACACGUUGACAGCGCAACUUGAACAUGCCAUUCGCGGUUCUAAUGCUCAAUAUGAUUCUCCCGAGGUACUUCGUAGAUUGGAUGCUCGGAUGCUGCAGCUCUCUCACGGAGAUAUUGGAUGGGACUGCUUCACUUUGGAGUACAAGAUUGACGCCCCUGUUGAUGUGGUUGUCACGGAAUGGGGAAACCGUCAGUACCUCAAAGUGUUCAACUUUUUGUGGCGAAUCAAGCGUGUUGAGUUUGCUCUUGCAUCGACUUGGCGAAAGUGUAUGACUGGUGCCCGUGGUGUUCUUCAGGGUGAAGAUCAGAACGUGGCGAAGGCUUGGAAACUUACCAGAGGCGUUCUUGCUGAGAUGAUCCAUUUCAUUGGCCAAUUGCAGUACUACAUUUUGUUCGAAGUCAUUGAAAGCUCUUGGGAUGAAUUACAAACAUCAAUCCACAAGGAAGGAUGCACUUUGGACGAUAUCAUCAAGGCUCACACGAAGUACUUGAAUGCCAUCACACAUAAAGGACUUCUAGGAGCGAAGAAGAAGCACCACGGGGAAGUUGACGAGAACACUUUUAUGGUACAGCUCGGGGAGAUUCUUCGGCUUAUGCUCACUUAUCGAGAUGCUGUGGAUGGACUUUAUAGCUGGGCAGUCUCGGACUUCACCAGACGCCAAGGUGCUGAUGUCCGACAGGAAGCCCAGAUGAGACGAGAGGAUGAAGAUGGCUUAUUGGUCAACACUCCUGCGACAACCCGCCGUGGACCUCGCCAUCUCCCCGAUUCUACACCGGCCCAGAUACCAGACGAUAUCAUACCUGAUGAAUUUCCCGUUCUGCAAGAGCGGCUUCAAUCUUUAGGGGGACACUUCAAAUCCAGGGUGUGUUUGCUGCUGGGUGACCUGGCUUACCAACCCGACGUGGACAUGAGAUUCUUGGGUGUAGUGAUGAAUUUCAACGACUGCUAUCAGCCUGUUCGGAAGAAGUCAAGCAGGCCAGCAGGGACAGCAAGGAGUUCAGCGAAGUCCGGAUGA